AUGGAUAAAGGCCAAGAGAGUUUUGAAUCUUUAAAGAAGGUUCUAACGAAGGCUCCAGUAUUAGUACAAUCAGAAUCAGACAAGGACUAUACAAUCUAUAGUGACACUUCCCAUAAUGGCUUGGGAUUUGUUUUGAUGCAAGAUGAAAAGGUGGUUUCCUAUGCUUCGAGACAGCUUAAGCCACAGGAAAGGAAUUAUCCGAUACAAUAUCUUGAUUUAGCAGCAGUGGUGUUUGCAGUGAAGAUAUGGCGCUACUAUUUAUAUGACUAUUAUCCAGGGAAGGCUAAUGUUGUAGCUGAAGCUCUUAGCAGAAAGACUUUUGCAGCUUUACGCAUGUUAGAUGUCUGA